AUCAUUUGAUAACGGGCAGUGACUCGAGAAGUUGACAUUUAUCAGCGGCUGCUCUGCGACUGACAUCAUUCAUUUCACCUGGCGUGGGAGCCGAGAAUUAAAGACAGCAAAAGGGAUUCUGACAUGCACUUUCAGAAAUCACCAAAGGAAAAGGCGUGUUACCCUCUGCCCACAGUGAAGAAACUCCUGGAGCAGAAGAGAAAGAGAGAGACCUCCUCAGCACCUCCCUCCUGCUCUACAGCAUCUUACACUGCUGGUGGCGCUGCAUCUGUCCCAGUAUUGGCAUCAGGACAAUCUCCCACUGCUGCAGAAGCCAGCACAAGCUACACAGACAUGGGGGCAGUUAGAUACGACCGAUGGGAAGUUCCCAACAUUCAUCAACCACAUUCCUCCCUACCGCAGUGCAGCCCAUUCACGUUCAUGCCUACUUCCUCGGCCGCAGCAAACUUUUCCCAGACUGGACAGACGCUUGCCACUGGCUACAGCCCUCAGCAGAUCCAAGACUGCCAGGAUUCCCAGACAACACAGCAAUAUUCUAUUACAGAGUGCCCUGUAACUGCAGCCGGGACUGGUAUGACUGGGACUGUUCCUGUUCCGAGCUCCAGCCUGUGUUGGGCGUCUGAAUCCAGAGCAGAGGAUCACACAAGCCAAUACCUUGAGUUCAGGCCCCAGAUGGAUAUGAUGAAGCUGCAGGAGGCAAGAGUGUUCCUGCAGAACAUGGAUUACAGCAGAACCACCUGGCAGGAUGAUGACGGGGACACCAUUCUACAUAUCUACACUGCGAAAGGCCUGAGGGAAUGCGCUUUUGCUGCUGCGGAGAAACUUCGUGAUCUGGGCAAGCUGGACUCUAAAGAACACAAGGGCAAGACUGCUUUGCUGGUGGCUGUAACUGCCAAUCAGCCAGAUAUAGUCCAGGAUCUACUCUCUCUAGGUGCGGACAUCAGCAUCUGUGACGUCAACGGUCAAACUGCACUUCAUCUGGCUGCCACCUAUGGUUUCCCUCGUAUCAUGCAGGUUAUUUUCUUCGCUGGACUGCGUGUGGACCUGGAGGCUCGUAAUUUUGAAGGUCUGACUCCUCUGCACUGUGCAGUGAUCUCUCACUGUGCCACCAUGAAGGCUAUAAAUGCCUCCUCCUCAUCCUCAACAUGGUUAGCUGAUAGCAGUCUACAAACUCAAGCUGAAGAUAAACUGACAUGUUUGCAGUUACUUAUAAAUGCUGGAGCUUCAGUUCUCAGUCAGGAAAUCAAAAGCAACAAGACAGUUCUUCACCUGGCAGUGAAGGAGGGGAAUAUCCAUCUCGUGCGCUUCCUGCUCAGCCUCCAACUCUCUAAUAUGCAGGCAUUCAUCAACAUGAAAGCUCACGGACACACUGCCCUGCACAUGGCCGCGGGGUUGCACGGAAGCCCCUUUCAGGAGGAACUGAUCCGGCUGCUGCUGAGUCAUGGUGCUGAUCCCAGCAUCCGCAACCUGGAGAACGACCAGCCCGCUCAUUUGCUGCAGAGCGGAGACAAAGGAGAGAAACUCAAGCUCAUCUUGAAGAAGAAAAGUGCCUCCUCUAGGCGGCGUUUUACAUCCUUACAGGACCAAGAGUGACUAGGACUCAUUUUUAGUCCCAGCGUAUCCCGCCUUCUCCAGUAGAGAUGCAGUCAUCUGGAUCGGAAAUACAGUAUGCUCAUGAAACAUUAAUCUUGGUGGUUUUGUUAACUGUUCACCAUCAAGAUGUGGAUAAAAAUUAAAAAAAAGGGUUAGGGUCAGAAAAAGCUUUAAAAAUUAAGCCAAAAAUAAUCUCUGGAGAAGAAUGGGUUUAUCAUAGGUAUUCUUUUAUAAGGAUUUUCACGUAUUGCAUCAGUUUUAGUAUGACAGAAUAUUUUUUAAAGGAUCGUUAAAUUGAUUCUCUACCACAAAGCUGCUUCUCAGUUUAUUUAAAGAGGAACGCAAAUUUUAGUGUGUUCACAAAUAGGUACCGUUUCCACCUUCGAUUAUAAACCAUAUUGGUUUGCUUACUUGAAGAGUCGAGCUCUUUUUUAACUCACUGUAUCAGUGCGAUAUUCUUUAUUUGUUUUGAGAUGUAUUUAUAUAGCUUUUGGUUGGUAUACGUUGCAUAUUAUUCUCUGUGCUCGUGUUCAUGUUACUUUCACUCAGGGGGGAAAGAUCAGUUAUUUAUUUCAUUGUUUGAUAUGAAUGACAUCAGUUCUCUAUGUAAUGCACUUUUCUCAGCAGCACACUUGAUAUCACAGUUGUCCUUACAGGAGAUGUGUCAUCCAGCCAUGUAUGUGAAUGUGUUAUUUUGAUGAGUCAUAUAUGAGGGGGUGAAAUGUCAAAGGGUUCUGAGGUAAAAAGGUAGUUUUGUCAGCAAGACUUGCCUGAAUCGAGAUCUCAAAAUCAUUAUUAUGAUUUAACAAUGUUAUUUCGGUGGAAUAGUAUGAAACAUAAGGUUUUUCUGUGGGGAUAGUGUCCAUCUUGUAUCAAGAUUUCAAAUGUUGGAGGAUGUUGUUGUUGUUGUUGUUGAGUCAGUGAUAUGCAUGAUUCACCGUGUUGAAGUACCCAGAGUCCCUCUGGAAAUUCAAAUGAGGGAAAACACACGCUAAUGUCACUUUCUUGUAAAACAAAGAGAGGUCUGUGGAUUUAUGAGAAUUACUUUGAAAGCAAAAUGCCUGCUAAGGAAUUCAUUUAUGAAACUUUGCUCAUUGUUUUAGUAAAUAAUCACAAACACUCUAUGAAUGAAACCAUCUGACAACUCUGUGAGUAUAUAAAGUAGCAUUAAAACUUGCUUGAUUGUAUGUACAAUGUUUAUUUUAUAAAAUAUUGUUUAUGAUGUGUCAUCUUUAAUAAGCAAUAUUUAUAAGCAAAUCAUUAAUGUUUUAUUAAUUUGCUUGUGUGUUUUGCAUUAUAUGCCAACUGACCAAGCCAAAUUAAACAAAGCUAAAUAAGUAAAGACCAAGAAGAAACCUCUGUAACUCAAGAUCUUUUAUUGAGCCAAAAAUUUUGAUGAUUAAUAAAAAUGCGUUUUCAUACAGUAACUGUAUGCAGCUCUUCAUUUUGACUGCUUGUUUAGUCAUACUCAGUUUACUUCAUUUCAAGGCAAAAAAAAAAAAAAAACCUUCUUCAGUGGUAAUGAAAGAAAUGACUUGUAAUGAAUUCAUGCUGAUCAAACAGAUGUGCAGUGGCUCAUUAUUCUCUAAAAUUGAUGCUUCCUUAUUAAUACGUGACGCAUACAUACAUUCAGUUGUAAUUGAGUCAUUUGCUUUUGGUUGGAGACUAAAGCAUUACU